GUUCCUGGCCGUGGACGCGGUGGAGAAGGCCAAGUCGGCCGUGGCGGCUUCCUCGUCGGUCGCGCCCGUGUGACCCUCGGCGGCCAAUCGGUGCUCCGCGCCCAGCCGGCGGCGGUGGAGCGGUCGGUGAACACCAUCAGGUUCCUGGCCGUGGACGCGGUGGAGAAGGCCAAGUCCGGCCACCCGGGGCUUCCCAUGGGCUGCGCGCCCCUAGGCCACGUCCUCUUCGACAAGUUCCUCCACUUCAACCCCGCCAACCACGCCUGGUUCGACCGCGACCGCUUCGUGCUCUCCGCCGGCCACGGCUGCAUGCUCCACUACGCCCUGCUCCACCUCGCCGGAUACCAGGGCGUCACGAUAGAUGAUCUGAAAGCGUUCCAGCAGUGGGGAAGCAGAACUCCUGGUCAUCCGGAAAAUUUUGAGAGAGAUGGUGUUGAAGUCACAACUGGUCCUCCGGGGCAGGGAUUUGCAAACGCUGUUGGACUGACACUUGCUGAGAAGCACCUAGCUGCCCGUUUUAACAAGCCCGAUUUAGCUGUCAUCGACCACUACACGUAUGUUAUACUUGGGGAUGGUUGUCAAAUGGAAGGCGUUGCGAAUGAGGCUGCUUCCCUUGCUGGCCACUGGGGUCUCGGAAAGUUGAUUGCCUUCUAUGAUGACAAUCACAUAUCAAUCGAUGGAAGUACGGCUAUUGCUUUCACUGAAGAUGUGCUUGCCCGGUAUGAGGCCCUAGGAUGGCAUACUAUCUGGGUGGAGAAUGGCAACACUGGCUAUGAUGACAUACGUGCAGCAAUAAAAGAAGCAAAGGAGGUCAAAGAUAAGCCAACUCUUAUCAAGGUGACUACUACAAUUGGUUAUGGAUCUCCAAACAAGGCAAGCACCCACAGUGUCCAUGGGAGCGCUUUAGGUUCAAAAGAAGUUGAGGCAACCAGAAAAAAUCUUUCCUGGGCUCAUGAGCCUUUCCAUGUGCCUGAUGAGGUGAAAAGCUACAGUGUAGUUCUUGUAGAGCUCAAGUUGCAGAGCAUUACGGCAUUGGGCUCACCAUCUUGAUGAGGGUGCUUCUCUUGAAGCUGAGUUGAAUGCAAAGUUUGCAGAGUAUGAAAAGAAAUACCAGCAGGAGGCUACCGAGCUAAAUAGCAUAAUAUCAGGGAAGCUUCCGGUUGGGUGGGAGAAUGCUCUUCCGUUGUUGGAGUGAAAUUUGUGUUUUGAGUCAAUUUAUGGGGCCCGUGACGUGAUGAUGAGUAUGGUAAGCAACUUUUCUGCAUGUUGUUCCUUAAUUCUUUAACUGUACAAAAAACAUGUGAGUCAUUACAUAGACUUUUACUACUACUACGCCACCGUCCUGCAGCGACAACUGACGGCGUGUAGGACAGGGAUGACCUAACCCUUCAUUCGCAUGUGUUUAAGAUUGAAUUGCACCAAGUCAUUAGUUGAAUUAAUAGAUGAUGUACUCAACUAUACCAUCUACUUGUAGUUGUCGCACAUUGCAUAUCUUGCCAGAAACAAGACCGUCGUGCUACAUGUGCCUUCUCUGAAUGUAGUCAAUGCAGGUUCUCAUGCUGGAAACAAGAUCACCAUGCAGGUAAUAUUGCUUGCAAGCAUGAAUGGAAUUUCUCACAGCAUGUCAGAGAUAAUAUGCGAUUAUUUUCAAAUAAUUUAUGUGCAACAUAUCAUAAUUCUCCCAACUGAAGCUUCCUUGUUCAUGGAGUCCAUGAAGAUGGAGUCGAGGUUUGACAAUGCAUCUAUACUUCGGAAUAUGCAGUUGGAAUUCUGAUGUUGUUCAUAUGUACAGCAUCAUCAAAAGAAGUAUGACUAAUAUGCCACAAAGGCUGGGCAUUAAGAUAGACACGUUUAUCUUGUGAGUGCAAGCAAGAAUCUAUUUUUUUCCACGAAAUAAAGUAGAAUAUUCACAGCAUGGAGCGCUAUAUGGAUUAUGAUUUAAUGAGUACAGCUAAAUUUUCGGUUUCUGGAACUUGUAACAAUGAACCUUGACUGUUUUCUUUUGACUUAUGUUGAAGCUGAAUACAAGAACCUGAAUUCUCAUAUA